UCCCAGUACCGCAGCCACCUGUGCGCGCCGCCGGGCAGGGGGCGGGCGUCAGGACCGGGAGGGGCCGGCCUGGGCUCCAGGAGCACCGAGUCCCUCCUCUAUCAGUGCCUGCGGGUAGGACGGGGAGAGGCUUACAACAGCCCGGUACGGUAGCUGCUGCGACUUAACCCAGCCGAGGCAGUAAUCGGACAAGUUUCCGCCGCGCACGGCGGUAGGAGGGAGCCGAGUCGAGCCCGGUAGAGGGGGCGGCCGAGCCGGCAGGUGCCGGGUUGGGGCCAUACAGCCUGUCCCGGCGGGUGCCGACGUAGAGCGGAGCAUGGACAAACUCAACAAGCUGACUGUGCCGGCCGGGGAGAAGCUCAGGAAGCUUCAAAAGAUGGUGCAUGACAUGAAGAAAAACGAAAGUGGGAUAAUAAAUAAGUUCAAAAAGUUCCAAAAUGAACAAGUGGCCUUAAUUUGCAAAACUGGGAAAGAUACUUGGGAUCGACUAAAAAAAAAAACACCACCAAGUCUACCACGAAGGGACUAUGCUGCAGAACAUGAAGACAAUGAAGAGGAACAAUGGUCAGAUGAUUUUGACAGUGAUUAUGAAAAUCCGGAUGACCACUCUGACUCUGAGAUGUAUGUAGUCCCCAGUGAAGAGAAUCCUGAUGACAGCUAUGAGCCGCCUCCAAGUGAGCAGGAGAAAAAGAAGAUUCCAUCUGCAUUCCCUAUUUCUAGGGGUGAAUAUGCAGACAAUCGCACCAGUCACCAACAGCUCCCUCCCAUCAGCAAAGCUCUCCCAUGUACACCCAGUCCAGCUACGUCUAGACCAAAGAAACCAUCUGUACCAUCCUUGCCAUUGCCAUCUCCUGCUGCAAAACCAAAAGUACCACCAAAGCCUAAGGAGUGUAGUGAUGAUGAGGAUAAUUACAUUGUGCCAGUGGACAAUGACGAUGAUAACUAUAUUGAACCCACAGAAAGCAGCAUGUCACUACCUACAAAAUCUCCCAUGAACGUAUUUCUGAAGACGACAAAGUCAGCCCUCCCUACUUCUCCAAAGCCACCUCUUGCUUCUGAUAUGCAAGAAGUAUAUGAGGUUCCUGAAGAAGAGGAAAAGCCAGUACCACCACCGGUAGCCAGGUUUGCUAAACCACUUCCAUCAGUGCCUGCUCAGAAUACGGAGCACUCCCACAUGCACAGCAUGACCAGAGAGUCACCUAAGCUGGAUAUUUCCAGAAAUAUUUUGCCUCUUCCCAGAAAUCGUCUUCAUCCAAAACCAGAACAUGAAGCAAACAAUAAUCAUGAAAAUCAUAGCUUCAAUAACACACAAGAAUCCAGAUUUCCCACUGGACCAGCUCCGUCUCCGUUGCCAAGGGGCCUAAAGAAAACUUCUAAUGUAAUAAAUUCACCAAAACCAUGUCUACCUUCCAGAGAGACCUUAACUGCAAAUGAAGAAAAACCCACAGCAGCAGAACGACGACGAGGUUCCAGCCAAGAGCUUCUGCUUCCACCCCUUCCAAGUGGUGUCCAAAAGCCUUUGCUCCCAAAGUCCUCAAUUCUGCCAAAAGUGCCAGAAGCUGCAAACCGUUCUUUGGGUACUCCCUCUCACAGCAGCAUUUCAUCUAUUUCAAGUACUGCAGACCAGGAUGCUGGUGUUCAUAGUAAAGCAUGGUAUGCUGCUACAUGUGAUAGGAAAACUGCAGAAGAUGCACUGUACCGAUCAAACAAGGAUGGAUCUUUUUUAAUAAGAAAGAGUUCCGGACAGGAUUCACAGCAACCAUACACACUGGUGGUUUUUUACAACAGAAGAGUGUACAACAUCCCUAUAAGAUUUAUUGAAUCAACAAGACAAUAUGCACUGGGCAGAGAAAAAAGUGGUGAAGAGCGCUUUGACAGUGUUGCUGAAAUAGUAGAGAAUCAUCAGCACACCUCCUUGGUUCUAAUUGACAGCCAAAACAACACAAAAGACUGUACAAAACUGAAACACAUUGUAAGAGUUUCUUAAUCAAACUUAACUGCUAAAAUGAAGACUUUAAAUCAUUUACUUCAACAUCCCAAAACAUAUGGAUCCGGUAUUAAAAGAAGAAAAUCAAAAAUGAUGGAAAUACUCUUUAAGAUCACCUACUGAAUAAGAGAUGGCAUUCCUAAAGCUCAACCCCACAUCACUUCUGUCGGAAAAGCCCUCAUAUUUAAGACAAGAAGCCAAAGCAGAUACGCUCUCAUCUGUGUUUUUCAUCUGUGAACAACUGCAUACCACAGCCUGGUCCUUUGACUGCUAUUUAUAGAUUUCAUCUAGGACAUUUUCACUUUAAAAGCAACAAUAUCCACAGUGAUCUACUCUUCAUUGCAUUUACCACAGAUCACUGCUUUCAGCAAUGUCUUUGUAAAGUGCACAACCCCAGAAGAGUAACUCAGCCUAAUGUACCACUGUGUACAAACUGAAAAUAGGACUGUACUUCAAGUGAUUAGUGGCAAUAAAGCUGUCUGAAUGUUUUAGAUUGAUAGACAUGUGCUGUCCUUUUUCUCAGCUUUAAUCUGUUUCAUUAAUAUUUGUAUUUUCAAAUGUCUAAAUAAAAUAUUGUAAAGUCAGUAAGAA